AUGACGUCACAGAUAAUUAAGAGGGUUCAUGCCGACCGCGUGAAAAGAACGACUGGAAAACUACUCAGUUCAUUGCUGGACGCAGUAAGCUCGAAAAGCAAGCGAAAGAAAGCUUUUAACUCUUUAAAUUUCAAGUGUUUUACAUCGCAGGUAACCAUUUUUCUUUUAAAUGUUUUGUGUGUGUCUAAGUUGUUAUUUUUGCUCGUUUCCUGGACAAAUUUCCGGUCGAAAUUGCGUGUUUUUGAAAGGUCAAACAUGGGACAUGUCGAUGUUCACGAAACUUAAUAUUAAGCAUCUACUUCCUCGAAAAAAUGCUAAAAAUACAAUUAGUUUUAGCGUGGGUUAUCCCAAAUACAGAUAUAAUGCAAGUCAUUUGAAUAAAAUUCGAGAAACGAACGGGCCGCGUGAAUUUUGCGAGGAUUUUCCUUGUGCCCUUCGCCGCUGAACUAAAAAUAUACAAGUUCAACGUUAAUAUAACAACUUUAACAGCUGUUCAGCGUUAAAUUGUACGAUUAACAUUGAGCCUUUUGCAUGAAUUCAGUAUUUCUUUCGGUACUCCUUCGAUAAAACUUCGAAUGUUCGACAGCAAUGGCAAGUACAAUGUAAAAUGCGCCGUUCUGUGGCCAAACUUCGCUUCAAAAUUCAAAGAGUUGUAAAAAUUGUAUUUUCGAGAUGUGCGUUUAAAAAUCCAAUGUUAAUCAUAGAUAAAAUACAUUAAAUUAGUUUACAUGUAAGAAACACCUGGGCUGUAAUAGAUUGCAGAUGAAAGUUUGCUUCCAAAUUGUGUGCAUCUGUGAUUUGGGAAACUUUGAAUGGUACUUUAGAUUCAAGGUGGAAAUUUGGGUUGAAUUUGGUUGAAAGGGUGGUAUUGCUUUUUAGUAUUUUUGCACAAGUGAACAUAACAAAUCCUACAAGGUGAUUUCAAAAUUUUCAAAAUGGCGGCUAGCCGCUUUGUUGAAGUUAGUGAUAAAGAAAUAAGCGAAAUUAAAAUGAAUUCAGACCAGAAAAACACAAAAAAACUUGUGCAAAAAUACUAAAACAAUUAUUCGCCUCAGGUUCGGUGAUUAUCGGGAAUAUUCACCUCGACUUCGUCUCGGCAAAUAUUCCCUGAUAAUCACCUCGCCUUCGGAAAUAAUUGUUAAAUAAUGCAACGCCAUUGUUUGGUGCCGUCAGCAUAUAUAGUUUCUGUCCUGUGAUAAGGGUUUUUUGUGUGACAAUGGCAUGGAAAGUACUAGCAAAGAAUUAAUACCACUAGCAUGCGGCAGUCCUAUGACUUUGCCAAACUGCCCACACACCAGACUGGAUUAUGUAAAGUGUGUUUGCCGGACUUGUCCGAUGUACAAACACAAACUUUGGCACACAUUUGUUUACAUAGACUAGUAAUUGUUCAAAGUUCACAAAUUUGGACCAAAUAGGUUUAUACUAAAAAGGUGUAUUUGGAACUUUUGCGCAUUUAUAUUUUCAAACUUGGCGUACAUUUACAUGUGCCUGAAUCAAUUUCCGGCGUGCAAAAAAUUAACUAUGCAGACUGGUGCAGGCUAAGAUAGUAUUAAAUCCACAUUUUAAAUAUAUAUUUGGGUGAAAAUGAGAUUACAGGACAACGUAUGGAGCCAUAGGAACAAGUUCUGUGACUGGCUGACGAAACAAGUCCACAAUUGCAGUAUGAAAUCUAUUUGAUGACCCAUUAGUCUAGAAUUUUAUGAUGUGUAGUAUAUUAAAAAAAUAGGAGAUACAAUGGCACAGUAUGGCUUACUGGGUUAAUUAUUAACUUGUCAAUAGAUGUAGUACAUUGCCCUGAAUUGUAAAGUUUGCUUGCAAUGAAGUUGUGGCCUAGGUAGUUAAAACUCCUAGUUUUAUCAAUACAGUAUAAUAGAAAGAGCUAUUGAUGAGUUUGUUGUGCUCAGGACUUGGAAUUUUCAACACUAUCCCGAUACUAGAACUUGAAGUCAAUUAUCCACCAUGGAAAUCAGUAUCCCACAUUUGGAUAAUAUUAUCCAAACAUUGAAAAAAGGCAAAACAAAAUUUGAAUUGUAAUGAAUUUGAUAAUAUAAUGAAUCUCAGAUAUGUUUGUAAAAAGAUUUGUAAAUAACAGAGAAAUAUAUGUAUAGAGGAGAGAAAUUUGUUGCAGUAGUCUCAAAAACUAUCGUAAGAUAUUACCUGACCAGUAGAAGUAAUAAUGACAUUCUGUACCGGUACAUCACAUUUGGGAGGUUUUUACUUGCCAAAGUAUAGAUAAGAAUAUAAUCACAGACAACUCCAUAUUGUACCUAAUGAAAUCUGCAUCACAAAUGAAAGAUAAAGGCAUUAAGUUGCACUGCUAUUUUACUGUCUUUGAUGCCAGAUGAUUUUACUCGUCAAUGGGAGAGCCAUGGGCUUAGCCAGAGGCCCAUCCACCUGUCAUUUGGACGUGUAUUUUUCAAUGUGGACAGGCAAAAAAACUCCAGUAUUUUGUCUUUAGUAAUACAACUGUAUACAAGCUUAAAUUUUGCUAUAACAUGACAUUCAACAGUCGCUGCACAUCCACAAGCAAACAAGUUACAAAUCCCUAUAUGUAUUAGCAAAAUAUUUAGUGGUUUAAGUUGAUUUUAACAAAAACUUUGGCGAUUAUGUUUGUGAGGUCAACCAAUGCUAUUUGCUCUUCAGUUUCAAGUGCAAUUUUACACAUGUUUUUUUGACUGCUAAAAAUCGCGUUUUUAGAAGAUAAAGAUCUAAGUUCAAAUUUAUUCGAAGGGAAACAUUUUUGGACGGGUAGAUUGAUAAUCUUGCCCUGGGGAGAGCACUGGCAGGGUUUUUUCAGGGAUUUUUUGGGGCUGUUAAAUGGCCCCAAAAACUCAAUCUUGAAUUGAGUUUUGAAACUCAAUCUUCUCACCAAAGUUUCAGUGCAGUAACAAUGAAGUUGUUUGAGUUAAAUUUGUGACAUGUGGAAAUUAGUUUUCAGUUGGAAACCCGACAAUUAAAAAAAAAAUGGCUGGAAUUCAUCGCCAUCUUUAACCAGUUUAUAGUGUCCCUUAGUGCCCCUGCUUUAACACAUUCCCUCUCAACUACAUUUAUCCAGUACAGGUGUCAGCCCCCCCGCUAGGGGGGAAGCCGCCCCAACUGUUCAGCUAAACUCAAUCUUCUCUGCAAAAACGGACCCAAGAGAAAAUCCUGAAAAAAACCCUGACUGGUGCUCAAAGGGUUAAUUCAUACUGUCACUCAUGUAAUGAGAAAUUAUACCGUAGAAAUUAUUGGUUGACUGCUAAGAUGUGUGAAAUCUCUUCAGUGUGUGUAUAGCCUAUAGGUAUAGAGCCAAGUUUCAUGUUAAUAUCCUUAGCUUUAAAGUCACUCCUUUGUCCCCACCUAGUGUCCGCCACUGGGUACCACACUUUCAAUUAAUUUCAGAUUGAGUGGUGGGUGGUAAUAAGCACAAAUUCUGGGAUACCUGUAGCUUAUUGUGAUGACACAUGUUGUUUGACACGUAUUGACAAUCCCAAAAGUAUCAUGCUGUUCAAAACAAUGGGAUUUAAACUUCCAAAACAAGUCGUUUGAACCUUAACCGUUAUAAGAUUUUCAUAAGUGUUCUUCACCAGUUGAUUUUGUAUUCUGUUUACUCAAAAAAUACUUCAAACUAGGAUAAAAACAAUGCUUUAAAAGCAUGCUGAACUCUCGAGGCUGUGCGCGAGGAUAUUGUUAAGCUAUGUCCUCUCUGGUGGAGUGGUGGUUGCUCUUCCAUGUAGCAGGCUAAAUUAUCCUUGUUUAUCAAGUUUGUAUUUUUUGCCCUUGAAUGCCUGUCGUCUUGACCUACAUUGUAGUCUAGCUUUUGGCUCUGUGCCCUGGAGACAUCUGUCAAAAAUGUGCAUGACAUUUGCAAGAUGCAGUCUGGUUGUGGCUUUUAAGUAACGGAAGAUUGUUUCCAAAGCGUUCACUUUUUUACCCGUCACAAAAUCUUGUAAUUUACCACAAAUUCUGCGCAUCUAAAUUGUGUAUUUCUAUAUGCGAAAAGUUUCCGUGCAGACUUGUGCAUUCCAAGCCCUAACAGUGAUCGUUUCCUGUGCGAAAUUGUGCGUCAGAGUGGAAGAGUCCACGUCAGAGUGUGAAAUAAACAAACCAACCAACCUAAUUUCCCCCCAGCUGGUUUUGAAACAUUUGCAUUGCGCGCAAAGGUCACGUAAAUAGACUAUACAACACUUUAAAUAUUUACACCACUGGAAAAAUCCCGGUAAUUUCCACACGUGAAAAAUUACACUCUUGCCAAUUCAAUAAUUAUCUCGCCAUGAGGAGGAAAUGAGCUUUGCAAAAAAACUCCUGAAAACUCCGAAGUCUGGAGUCUAAAUUCCGGAGAUACUUAGUCACCCGUCCUUGGUAUCAGCCAAUCAAAUCUUGCUCAAUGUUCCCGUUUUCCUUCGACAGGUAACCUGAUCUCAUUUGGAGUGCAUUUCCCAGUUCAAGUGAUAUCUGACUCAUCAGGCUGAAGCUUCGAGUCAUCUGUGUAUAAAAGACUUUGCGAGAGGUGAGUACUGUCAUUUAAUGCUGUUUGUAUUUGUGAGCAAUUUAUCUAAGAAACAUUACCUCUAAAGAGUGCAGGUAAGGUGGAUAGUAUGAUGUCAUUUGUAUGGUAUGGACCACGUUGUCUAAUGCGCAAAUAGAGGGCAGUGAUUUUGUCAUUUCGAGUAUGCAUCUUGUGAAAUUUUAGUGCGUCAACGAUGUCAACGACGCAAAGCACAAUUCUUCCUUUAUGUGUUUGGCUGUAUUAAUAAAGCUGUAUAGUUUAAUUAUUACAACAUCUUCAUCUAUGUAUAAUUUAAAGCAAAGUGUCUGUGUAUAUAUUGGGAAAUAUUUUAUUGCGUCACGGGUCAUACGUAUCUCCUAAGUUGGUUCUAUUGUAUCUUCAGAUUUUGCAACAACGUAGACGAGUUGUGUGUUUGAUUUACACAGUACAACUCAAGUUGUAAGGAGGUUGCAUGCGACAGUUUUAGGCAAAAGUUAUGUAGUAUCAAUUGGCUUUUAGGAAGUAUGUUCUGUAUGUAACACAGAUAGCUAACGUCAACAUCUGUACCAAUGUAUGUUUCGAAAUUAUUUCGCAAGAAUUAGAUUUUAAUUAACCACGUUUCGAAAUUAUUUCGCAAGAAUUGGGUUUUAACCACGUUUUGAAGUUAUUUUGCAAGAAUUGGGCUGAGUAAAACGAACUAGCAAAACAGGUGUAUGCCCUGUUUGACUGGUUACUUUACAGCCUCUCUGAGGACACGAUGGAAUUACGAAUGUUUUAAGGAACCUUAAACGCGUUUUGCGUUUUAUGCAAAUUGCUGUUUAAGUCCGUUAAUAGCUCGCGUAUAAGACGGAGACAAAACAUUUUUUUAUUUCUAGCCUAGUCUGUCCACAGUCUCAUCCAGAGUCAGGUUUACUAUAUUUACACAAUAUGACCAAAACAAACCAAGUGUAAACAGUUUGUUUUCCUUAUUCACUUGUAUGUGAUAAAACUCGGGGGUAUCCGCACGGGCGCGUUGCUCUAAGCUUUCAGUAUCUUUCCUUCUGCUCACUCAUAGAAAGUCAAUUUUGUAAUUCUUAGAGUAGCUAUUUGCGCGAUUGAUCAGUAUGACUGUAUGUUAAUAUCUGUGCACGGUUUUUUGACGCAAAGAAAGAAACUAUUUAUAGCAAGGAUUAAGGCCAAGUAAUUUUGUUUUUGUUCGAAAGUCACUCGCUAUUCUGAAAAUACUGUUUUGGCUUUUUACACUCGCUGUGUUGACUGAAAUGCUUUUCCUUUGGUUUAAUUUAAAACAACUUAGAGUAAGGGUAUGCUCCCAAUCUGCCAACAUAUUAAUAAGUAUAUCAAUUUCUUUCGCAUCUCAAUUCCAAACAUUUUUUCUCGCAAUUUGAUCUGCUUUAUACACAAAAUGUUUUCGCAUCCCACGCAAAAUGUGUUUUUUUCUCAGAGUGGUAAUAUCACCGAGUCGAAUGAAAACUACUACUUCUACGGUUGUCAUUUAGGGGCGUUUCUUUCCGAACGAUGGAACUAACGUUUCGUCUCAUCUUUGUUGUUGUUGCGUGAUUUGUACACCUUUCAACACCAUGUAUUUAGUUUCCUGAUUAAAUACUUUUUUUAAUACUACAGUGUAUUUUAAUUAUUACAUUCCAUCAUCGCAUGACGAGUAGUUAAGGUGGCUCCAUACACUUUUCAUCAUUGGGGGACUGGUACCUAAUCUUCAGUUCUCGCGCGAAAAUGUUAAAAAUAUAUGCAAAAAUAAAUACAACUUUUUCAGUAUAAAAUCCGAACCACAAGUCAUGUUUAUUUUGAUGUUUUGAGUCUUCCUUGUUCUCAUUUGUUCUCAAAGAACAAACUUCGUCCUGAUUUAGCUCUGAACAUUGAAUAACUAGUCUUUUUAGAAGACAUUUUAAGGUAAAAAAAUGCAAUGUUCAACUUUCAAAUUCUUGUGAAAACUGGCGAUCGGCCCCGGACCGGCGAAAAGUUUUUUACUCCAAUAUUUGGCGAUUUAUAAGUUCAUAUCCAGAGCUUUUUUGUACUUACAACUGGUAAAUGUAUUCAAAGUGUUACUAACAGCAAAGGAAUUCAGUGAAACAGCAUCAUGCGCCGGCUCAAACUGUUUUAACUUGUCAACAACAACAUGAAAACACACAAGUUACGACUGAAAACGAAUAUAAAACUAUGUAGAAAAGCCAAAAAGUUCAUACAUGUCACACAUAUCUUAUACCAAACGACCGACAAUCACCUGUUCUCUUGGCGUUAUCCCGAGUUAGCAUGAAAAACCAAAUAUAUUUGCAUUUCUAAGCAAGAAAACACAAUAUAUAUUUGAUAUUUCGACGAGACUAAAAACUUUUUUGUGCGUGUUUUUCUGGAGAUGCGCCUGCGAAAACAUGUACGCGCAUGUCAAUUCAUUGAUCUUGCAGAGUGUGAAAAACUUUGGCCGCGCGGAAUAAAACCGUGAUUAUUUCCAAAACGAGUUCGGUAAGGUACCCUGAAAAUUUGUACAUGAGUAGAUACAUGCUUCAAGAUUUCAUGAUGGAAAAAUAAAAAAAAAUUGUCGACAGAAACUGUCAAAAAAGUCGAAAUUUAAUUCUAAAGAAUUGAGUCGACAGAUAUUUUUUUAAACUUCCCAGAAAUGUUUCUCGACACUAACGUAACUGAUUUAUUAAAAAAAAAGUUGGGGUCACCGAACUCAUUUUUUAAAAAAAACUCGAAAAACUGCGAUAUUUUCGGCUAUUUAGUGUUGCCAGUAUUCGUUAUAGUUGUCAUGGAAACGCGACUUUUAUCAGAAUUCUUCUUGUCUGUGACACGUCUUAUUAUGUGUUACAAUUAUAAGUAAAACUUAACCCUGUAAAAGCAUUUAAACAGAAAAUAUUCAACUUUUGCUCCUUUGGCUAAAAAGUGUAUUGAGCCACCUUAAUUGUCAACACGCAGAACACACAAUCGAGUUCUAUGUUUUGGAAAUUGCGUUGCAACGUUUAAUGAUUAAAUUCCAUCAUUCAUCACAAGACGAGUAGUUAAUUGUCAACACGCAGAACACACAAUCGAGUUUUAUGUUUUGGAAAUUGCGUUGCAACGACUUGUCCUACACGAUUUAAUUCGAAAAGCGCUUUCCUGGGUGUAAGCUAGACACCAGGCCACAAAAUUGUUACCAGCUUCAAAUCAGUAUCACCGUCUUAUAAGCAGAAACUGUCUGUACACAACUGCAUAAAAAAAACGAAGCAAGGAACAGGAUAGCCUGCGCGCAGACUAUAUAAUGACAUAUAUAUGUCAUUAUAUAGUCUGCGCGCAGGCUAGGAACAGGACGGCUAGCACGUUAAACAAGUCAAACAGGCGCUUAAGUGGUCACGAAACGUGAUCGAUUCCAAUGCUCCCUUAAACUUUCCUUCAUUUUCUCCUAGGUUAA